UUCUGUUCUGCCUUGACACCGAAGCCACAGCGAUGAAGCUCCACACUGCAGCAAUCCUGCUCCUCUUCUGGCUUGGCAUCUUCACUGUGCACACAGUCAAAGGGAGUGCUGGCACUCAGCGCAUGAACAAAUACCGAUGUGUCAAUCUGUCCACAAAUCGGUUGAACAUCCAAAAUCUUGUGAGCUAUGAAAGGCAACAAGUACCUACAGAUGCCAUCAUGUUUAUUACUGCAAGAGGUAUCAGGAUCUGUGUCAGCGCUAACCAGAAAUGGGUGCAGGCUGCUAUAAACCAUAUAGAUCGAAGACGUGCUGCCAAACACAAAUAAUCCCAUCCUUGAAAACUUCUAGGACCAACUAGCUGGAAUCAUCAUGGAUGUUGCAAGUAACAAGGAAUAGCUUACUAUCUGCUUUUAUUUCCUUGCUUUUAAUAAAUGGCAAUAAACUCUCUGAACAAACACAAACUCACCUGCCACAGAGCUGGAAGAGUGUAGGCCUCCAUCCUGAUUGAGCUCAGAGCAUUCUGCAUUGAGUGCUGGU